CCCCCUCGGCCGUCACUUUUUUUUUUUUUUGUCACUCUGUGACGACGGUGACUGGCGAGCCUCCACCAGCUCCAACCCCCCCCCAUCAUACCCCACCCCACCCACCUCCACCUCACUCCUAGUUCAACAACAACAACAAUCAUCUCGCACCAUUACAAUCCAGUGUCAUAGAUACCCCACACACACACCAAAACCCAUUAGAAACCCCCAAUUAGCAUCCAUUUAGCACGCACACACACAACUCGGCGUUGGCUUAAACAGUUGCCCUCGCCAUCACAAUCCAGUCGCUCACUACCAGCAACACACCUUCCCUUUGCACCCACCACCCCCUCACGCCACCAGUGACCAGAGCUUAGCGCGCCCCCACGCAUCUCGUCACCAGUCAGCACCUUGAUCAGUUUUUGCCACUCACCUCGUCCCUCUGGUCGUCGUUCCUUUGUCCCUUGGCCAUACGAUUGGACCCCUCGAACCCUUUGACGCCAUACGCCACCCCUGCAGCGCACGCACAGACACACUCGCUCUCUCGCUCGCUCGCUGGCCGCCGUCUGCUCCCCCUCUCGCCGGCCUCGCCCCACUCGCCUUGCUGUCCCCCCCACCUUACCAAACAUGUCUGCCGAACCAGCGUUGACCAAUCCCCCGGGAGAACCCGUGGCAGCGUCGGCCCCUGAGACUUCUGCUGGAGCUACUUCUAUUGCGUCCGAGAAACCUCUCAUAAACCCUCUCCAAACGGCCACCCCUCCACCUUCUUCCACUAUUGUCGAACCUCCACGUUCACCAAACGCCCUCAACCCCUCGGCCGCGCAAACCGCCCCCGCUCAGGUCACCCAACCCGAACCUUCCUCCACCAACACCACCACCACACAACCAGAGGUCAACGCACCAAACGGCGCAAACGGCGUCACAGAAGUUUCUGCUUCUGUUCCCACUCCUACCCCUACCACCACCACCGACACCGCCCCCGUCGUCACCACCGCCGCCGCCGACCAACCGGCGCAGGUGUCGCCCGCUCCACCCACAGAGCCUCCGGCACCGGCUCCGGCUCCUGUUGUCGAGGCUCCCGCUCCACCAGCCCCCGUGGAGAACCAACAACCCGCGGUCUCCACACCCCCCUUGGACGGCGCCUACCCCACGCCUGCCGGCACUACCUUUGACCCCAUCCCCGCUACCGAGCCGACGACUGCCGCACCGCCUGCAGCUGCGCCGGCCACGUCGACAACCCCAGCAGUCAACCCCAACGCCAUGGACGUUGAUGCGGAUGGAGAGGAGGAUGGAGGACCGAACGGUGCCCCUGCUGGUGUGAAGCGUUCAGGUGACGACCUCGUUGCUGGAGACGCAAAACGUGUCAACCUGGGAGAUUCCGCCCAAGCGCCCGGCCUCGAGGCUGCCCCCGUUGACCCUAAUGCACCGCCCGUCGUCUAUCCGUGGACGACCUAUGUGGAGCCUGCUCCUCGCAACCCCGGGCCCACAACGCCCCUCACGCAAGGCCAGCACAAGCACCUCUUGUCGACCGUUCGCUCUCUUCUGAAGUCGAACAACUCGUUCAACUUCCGCGAGCCCGUCGACGUUGUGCGAUUCAACAUCCCCCACUACUCCCAGAUCAUCGACUACCCCAUGGACCUCGGCUUGGUCGAGACCAAGCUCAUUGCUUCGGAUCCUCGUGGUCCGCCCAAGGACAAGAGCAAGGCCGCAAAGUGGGACCCCUCCAAGGGUACCUAUGCUUCGGUUUCUCAAGUCACAAAGGACGUCCGCCAGAUCUGGGAGAACACGCGCAAGUUCAACGGUCGUGACCACGUCGUGUCACAGGCUGCUGGCAAGCUCGACGACCAGUGGGAGAAGGCGUUGAGGACGCUCCCAGCUGACCUUCCCCCGCCCCCUGCGGCUUCGGCGUCGCCUGCUGGCCCCUCGACCACUCCCAGCCGCCGACAGUCAAUCUCGCAGACGCCAACCAUCCGUCGGGAUGCCGACUCGGCUCGUCCCAAGCGCGAGAUCCACCCUCCCCCGUCCAAGGACCUUGGCUACGAGCCUGGCUCGCAGCGCAAGCCGAAGCGCCGCAACGACCCUCAGCUGCAGUGGGCUCAGCGGACGCUCUCCAGCUUUGAGAAGUCUCAAAAGUACUUUGAGAUUGUCUCGCCGUUCCUGUUCCCCGUCAGCGAGAUCAUCACCGCCAUCCCGGUCUACAAGGAGAUUAUCAAGAAGCCCAUCGACCUGUUGCUCAUCAAGGCGCGCCUCGAGGACAACAUUUACGAGGACGUGACCCAGAUUGACGCCGACAUUCGCCUACUCGUCUCGAACGCCACCACCUUCAACCCCCCUGGUGACUCUGUCCACAACUCUGCGAACGCGCUGCUCCAGCUGUGGGAGGAGAAGUACCGCAACGUGCCUCCCAAGCAGGAGCCUCGUGAACCUAGCGAGGACGUCGUCCUCGAGGAGGAAGAGUCGGACACUGAGGACAAGGACACGGUGCGACUGAAGGAGGCCAAGGCUGAGCGUGCCGCCCUCGACCGUGAGAUUGCCGACCUUGAGGCCAAGAUUGCGCGCCGCCCGCCCAAGACCAAGCAGCGUAAGCAGCCGACCAAGCCUGCCAAGGCACAGCGCAAGUACUCGACGACCUCGAAAGCCUCGCCCGGCGCCAACGGUCACAGUGCGCCGAAGAAACCCCGCAAGCAGAAGGAGGCGCCUGCGUACCGCGAAGACGCCGACAGCGAGGAAGAGUUACAGAGCAUCACGAUCAUGCAGAAGCAGGAGCUGGCCGAGAAGAUUCAGGUCGCCGAGGCCGACAUCCUCAGCCAGGCUGUCCAGAUCAUCCAGGCUUCGACUCAAAUAUCCGGCGACCAGGAGAUUGAGCUCGACAUUGACUCUCUUCCCAACGCCACUGUGCUCAAGCUGUACAACCUCGUCUGCCGUGGCCGUAAGGGCCGUGGCAAGAAGAACAAGGUGCAGCCGCGCAAGUCUGGCUUUGGCGGCGCUCCCGGCCGCAAGCACCUCAACGAGCAGGAGGAGGCGGACCGCAUCGCCAAGAUGGAGGCCCAGCUCCAGUCGUUUGAGGGCCGCGGCAGCGCGGCGCACGCUGGCUAUGACGAGGAGUCGAGCUCGGAGGAGGAGUCGAGCGACGAGGAGUAGGUGGCGAGUUGGGAGAGUGGAGGUGGUCCUUCCUGUGCAGAUUUAGUGGCAUGGGAUGGAGGUAACAUUAGGGCUGUACAGCCAUGGUCACUAUGACUGUGGUUCGUCUCGUGAUUUUUUUUCGCCGAGUGUGUAGACAAGUCGCUCGGUGACGCAUUAUGCAACACCACUGUUUCGUGGUCUAGCUGAC